AGUCGCUUGAAUCAUAAAAAGUAAAGUAACUGAAGCGUCGUUAGUCACAGUGUGAACUGUGAACAGCGCGUCUCUGUCUUCUUCCACUGCUGCCAACUUAAUUAAUUAACAUUAGAAAUCUUUUACCGAUGAAAUACACAGUUCUUACAGACGUCAACAACCGAUCGAUAGCUUCAUCAAUCACUAAUCACCUGUCAUCAGUGAGGAGAGCCAACAGGUGGCGCUGUGGGCGUGUCUUCUCUACCGGAAGUUGAAGAAGGAAGUGCUCUUCGCUGUGCAUUGUGGGACAACAUGGCGGCCUUGUGUAAGGUUGUGUCCAGCCUGAGUUGUGGAGCUCGGUUCCGCUACAGCCGGCUCAUCAGAAUCUCGUUCAGCUCGGACUCCAGCUCCGAGCAGCCCCCCGCGGUCAGAACCAGCUCCGAGCAGCCCCCCGCAGUCAGAACCAGCUCCGAGCAGCCCCCCGAGCUCAGAACCAGCUCCGAGCAGCCCCCCGAGGUCAGAACCAGCUCCGAGCAGCCCCCCGAGCUCAGAACCAGCUCCGAGCAGCCCCCCGAGGUCAGAACCAGCUCCGAGCAGCCCCCCGCGGUCAGAACCAGCUCUGGCUUCGCUGCCGCCUUCGACCUGCAGUCGGAGCUCCGGCGGGAGGCGGAGAGCGCCGCGUCCGGCGGCAGCGGCUCCUCCUCCGUUCAUGAGGAGACCUUCGCCUCGCUGCUCCGCCGGUCCCCGCUGAUCCAGAUGGGACCGGCCAAAGACAAGGUGGUGGUCGGGAGGAUCUUCCAUGUGGUCCAGGACGACCUGUACAUCGACUUCGGCGGAAAGUUCCACUGCGUGUGCCGGCGGCCGGAGCACGGAGAGCAGCUGCAGCGGGGCAGCAGGGUCCGGCUGCGGCUGCAGGACCUGGAGCUCACCUCCCGCUUCCUCGGAGCCAUCACAGACACCACGCUACUGGAGGCCCAGGCCGUCCUGCUGGGCCCGCUGGAGUCAAAGGAGGGCCGGGAGAACCAGAAGUAGGACCGAGCGGGGAUGACUGUCGGACCGCUGCAGAAUAGGGAGUGUGGCAGCGGAGGAGUGACCGAGGUGCUGGACUGAGUCUGUCAGUCUGGACUCUGUCAGUCUGGACUCUGACAUCUGCUGACUGAAGCUGAUCUGAUGUUAAACUAUAAACUUGUGUGAACACUUGUUCUGUGUGUUUGUCUCUGCUGGGUCAUCGGAUCCUGAUGGUUCUGAUGACUGGCUCAUGUUCUCAGAACCGAACUGUAACUGUGUUCACACUCGCCGACGUGUUGUAGUUCUGUCUGAAAGCACUGAAGUAUAAAUAAAGUUUGUCCUCGGGGUACUGGCCCUUUAAAUGUUCUCACUGACGUCACACUCGAUACUUUUUUAAUGUUUGGAACUAUAAUGAAUGAAAGUGUUGAUGUGACGAUACAGGUGUUCUCAUACAGACAGACCAUUUACACCUGGGUCAAU